ACUGGCCUCAGUAUCUCCCACGCCUUUGAUGACUUCCUUUCAUUUUCUCUCUUUUUAAUUUAUCUUUCCCAAGAAAACAAUCCAACCAUUUUCCAGGCUUUUACCAUUCCUGUUUCAAUUCUCAUCUCUCCAAAUCAAUGAAGAAAUCUGGCCUCUUUGCUGCCUCUGUCGCUGCAGCUUCGGCUAUAUCUGCUUCUUCUUCUUCUUCAUCUUCCACAUCAAGCUUUAGCUGUAAUUCUAAUAUGCAGCUUUCUCGCGAGGAAUCCAGCUCAAACAACGACCAACAGAGAUCACCUUCUACCGACAAAUUUGCACCCAGGUUUGAUGGGUUGAGGUUUAUUGAAACUCUGGUUACUGCUCACAGAUAGACAUUCUUCUUCUUCUUCUGGCUUUAGGAGCUUCAUCAUUACUAAUUUUAACUAUCCAUCCUUUUAUUUAGAAGAAAAGAAUGAUAAAGAGAAAAAAAUAUCAUAAAGUUUUGUGCUGUCUUGACCUUUGUUUUGCCCUUUUUCCACCCCUUAGUUGAUGUGAUUACAUUAAGAGAAAAUUGUAAUUUUUGAGUCAAGUUAUGUGAUGAUGUUCACACCAUAAAAGAAUCUUCUUGUGUUAAGGACUUUGCCUC